AUGAUGUCUACAUCAGAAGCUCUAGAGUACCUCGGCGCAGCCACAGCUCUCCUACUCACCUACAAAGCCGUCUCCUUCAUCAGCGUCUACCUCAAACCCUCCCGAUUACACCUCUACAACCCUUCCGGCAACUCCUGGGCUCUAGUCACUGGCAGUACAAACGGCAUAGGCGAAGGAUUUGCCCACGCCCUCUGCGCCAAAAACUUCAAUGUGCUUCUCCACGGUCGCAAUCAGCAAAAACUGUCUACCCUAAAAUCGACAUUGGAAAAACAAUACCCAGGAGUGCAAAUCAAGACUGCAAUUGCAGAUGCAUUCAACAUCGACGCCGACAUCUCUUCUAUCGCAGAAACCUGCAAAACUUUACCUGGACCGCUUACUCUGCUCAUCAACAAUGUAGGCGGCGCGCCAUUAAGUCCUUCCUUCGGAACUCUGGCAGAAGUAGACGCGACAUACGUGGACAAGAUGAUAAACCUCAAUUCCCGCUUUCCGACGCAGUUGACCCGUGCUUUACUCCCUCUACUCUCCGAGUCCUCCGCAUCACUGAUCAUGAGCACUUGCUCCAUAACCGGUUUCCGCGGCUUACCCUACCUCUCCGUGUACUCGUCCACAAAAGCCUUCAAUUACGCAUUACAUCAAUCCCUUUCCUCUGAGCUUGCUGCCGAGAGUUCUGGAGUGCAAGCAUUGGCGAUCGUGAUAGCGAAUGUGGUUAGUGGGGGUAACAAGACUACAGAAGGCAUGUUUACUUGUACGGGACUGCAGAUGGCAGAGUUUUCGUUGCAGAGGGUGGGGUGUGGGCAGAUUGCAGUGUUUGGGUGGUGGAGACAUGCGGUGCAGUGGUGGUGUAUGAGUUUGUUGCCUGAGUGGGUGACUGAGAAGGUGUUGAUUCAUGUUAUGAAGGAGAGGAGGUUGGAGGAGCAAAAGGGAGAGUGA